AUGAAGCAGGAUAUCAUCCACUUUGUUGCCACCUGUGAUACAUGCCAAUGCAACAAACAUGAGCACUCUGCCCCUGCUGGUCUUCUGCAGCCAUUACCUAUUCCUGACACUGCUUGGCAGCAUAUAUCAAUGGACUUUAUUGAAGGUUUACUACUCUCCAACAAGAAAUCAGUGAUACUGGUGGUAGUGGACAGAUUCACCAAGUAUAUUCACUUUAUUGCCCUCAGUUACCCAUUUACGGCAUUAUCUGUAGCUAAGGAAUCCCUUCAUCACAUCUUCAAGAUUCAUGGAUUGCCUUCUUCCAUUGUGUCAGACAGGGAUAAAAAAUUUAUCAACCACUUUUGGCAGGAGUUGUUCAAGUCACUUGUCACCAUUUCAAGCCUUAUAUGGCUACACACCACCUUAUCUGGUCUUUCCAGUCCACACCACUACUUUUGUGGCCUCUGUUCAAGAGUAUCUUCAAGAGAGGAUCACUUGUUGCAGCUUCUCAAGGAUGACCUAGCAAAGGAUCGAGAUAGGAUGAAAUACUUUGCUGAUAAACACAUGAGUGACAGAUCAUUUGUUACAGUGUUGCAGAAAAUUGGGUUUGUGGCUUACAAAUUGAAGCUGCCAAUUGGGUCACGCAUACAUCCAGUUUUUCAUGUGUCUCAGUUAAAGAAGAAGAUUGGUGUGCACAAAACCAUCACCCCUUCAUUGCCAUUGGUGGAUACUUCAGGCUCCUUCAUUGUCACACCUCUUGCAGUCUUGGCCUCCAGAGUGACCUUGCGUGGUGGUGCUACUAUUCCUUAA